CACAGGGCGCGUACCCAGCCCCAGCCGGCCUCUAGCUCCCCAUGUUUGAUUCCAUGUCCCUGGCACAUUCCCUGAAACACCGAACAAGCCCUGAACUCACCUUGAUUCUUUCCCUCACGCUGAGCAGGAUUCCCAACAGCAAAUCUGACGUGGUUCCCCAGACAGAGGGAAGGGAAGAGCUACGUGUCCUGGAUUUCUAGGGUCUGGGCACGGGGUGGAUUCUCCAUCACUGGAAGUCUGUUAAGACGGAGAUGCGGCAUCUCUUUCUCAAAGUCAGGAGUCACUGGGCCAGAGGCAGGAAUGGCUGGGGGAGAUAGGAGGCCAGGCUGGAAGGGUACAAUGAGCUUUCAGGCCUAGAUAUCUAUUUCCCCAGAGACAGCAGCACAGAGGAGAGCAGGAGCUGAGAUUUAAGAGCGAGGACGAGGAGGAAUCGGCAGCAGGGAGGUGAUGAGACAAUGGAUCCUGAUGGGACCGCCUCAGGAAUCUCUGAAGCUGAUGAACACCAGAGUCCUGGGCAGGGAGACGCUCGUGAGCAUCGCAGUGGGUUGGAAGAGCAGGCAGACGGCGAUCCUGAUGCUGUCAGGGGAAGUUUAAAUGUCCAGGAUGGCACCCAGCAAGGGGAGGAUCCAGCCACAUGGGCUGAGCCAGGGAGAGGCCCCAGUGGGAGCUCAGAACAUAGGGCCCAGGAAAGAACCCAGCUGCGGCAAAAACCCCAUUGCUGCCCUGACUGCGGGAAGGCGUUCAGCUGGAGCUCCCACCUCCUUCAGCACCAGCGGGUCCACACAGGGCAGAGUCCCUACAAAUGUUCUGACUGCGGGAAGGGCUUCACCCAGAAUUCAGACCUCAUUACCCACCAGAGAAUUCACACAGGCGAAAAACCCCACCGCUGCCACCAGUGUGGAAAGGGCUUCAGUGUCAGCUCAGGGCUGGCCCGGCACUGGCGAGUCCACACUGGGGAGCGCCCCUACGAGUGCCCUGAGUGUGGGAAGAGCUUUGGUCGCAGUUCCAACCUGCUGACCCACCAGCGCACGCACACAGGGGAGCGCCCCUACCAGUGUGGGGAAUGCGGGCAGUGCUUCAGCCACAGCUCCACCCUUGCCAAGCACCGGCGGCUGCACACAGGGGAACGCCCCUACACCUGUGCCGACUGUGGGCAGUGCUUCAGCCUGGGCUCCACCCUGGCCACGCACCGCCGCAGCCUGCACACAAAUGACCGGCCCUACAGCUGUGCUGAGUGCGGCAAAGGAUUUGGUCGCAGCUCAGACUUGCUGGUCCACCAGCGCAGCCACUCUGAGGAGCGGCCUUACCGCUGUGCCCAGUGUGGCAAGAGGUUCGGCCGCCGCUCCAAUCUCCUGGCGCAUCAACGCAGCCACACCGGGGAGCGGCCCUACCCGUGCGGGGAGUGUGGGAGGCGCUUCAGCCGGCGCUCCGACCUCAUCAGCCACUGCAGGACCCACACCGGGGAGCGGCCCUACCUGUGCGCCCAGUGCCCCAAGAGCUUUGGGCAGAGCGCCGAGCUGCUGACCCACCAGCGCACCCACACUGGGGAGCGACCCUAUCACUGCCACCAAUGUGGCCAGAGCUUCAGCCUCAGCUCCAACCUCCUGGCCCACCGCAGGGUCCAUACCGGGGAGCGGCCCUACCACUGUGCCCAGUGUGGGAGGGGAUUCACCCGCAACGGCAACCUCCUGGCACAUCAGCGGCGGCAGCACACAGUGGGAGAGACCACCUGAUGGCAGGUGUAGAGGGGGCCCACCUGAAGGCACAGUCCAUGCGUGGGAGAGAGCGUCCACCUGCCAGCACAGAACAUGCAUGGGGGAGAGAAAGAGAGAGUGACCGCCUAAUGGCACAGAACAUGGCAUGGAAGAAAAUUAUCUCGAAUGCUUAUGACUCAAUGUCCUAAGAGAUAAAGAACAAGAUGGGAUAUUAGUUGGUGUCUGCUACAGACCACCAAAUCACACUAGGGAACAGGGAAACCAGCUCCUUAUACGCGUAGAUAAAAAAGCUGCGUGAUCCUGGGGGAUUUCAAUUUGAGUGACGUACGCUGAAGGUCUCAUGCUGCCAGUAUUAAAAUAUCCUUGGAAUUUCUAAACGUUAUAGAUAAUGUCCUAAUUCAAAAAGUGUUGCAUCCAACAUGGGGGAAUGUAUAUUAGACCUCAUCUUGAUUGAUAAAGAGGAAAUAAUCACAGAACUAAAAAUUAAUAGGAACUUAGAUACAAGUGAUCAUUACUUGAUCAGAUUUAUACAGUGCAAACAGAAUAAAGUCCAGACCAGUGAUAUAUAUACUUGGUUCUUUAAAAGAGCCAAUUUCAUAAAGCUGAGAACAAUUUUGAACCAAAUCAAUUGGGAGGAAGAAUUGAAUCAGAAAAAUAUGAUUGAUAAUUGGAAAUUGUUUAAGAACACUUUAUUAGAUGCCUAAAAAGCCAGAGUUCCACAAUUGAGGAAGAAGGCCACUGAUCUGGUUCAGAGGGGAAGUGAAGGCAACUGUAGAAAAUAGAAA